AAACCGCAAAUUUCCAGGUCCCGCAUCCCCGCACGAAAACCCCGGACCACGUUGCGGUGUCUCCUCAGAAGGGCAUGGCGUUGGCAACGGCUGCUAUCUUGCGACCUGUGCAGGAGCCAUCAUGGAAUCCUUGGUGAUGAGGUAACCUCGGGAGGCCUGGCGAUCGUGGAAUCGCCGGUAUUCAGCGAGACUUGUGGAUUGCGAAACCUCAAUUGCGACUUCAUCGAAGACGUUGAGCACGGCUUCAGUUCUCAGAUUUGACACUGAUCAGCAUGGAGCCUCUCUCACUCAUCGGGUCUGGAUUCUCAGCCCUGUUACACACGCCGAUCUCUGCCUUAUGUCUGUAUUUCGCGGUGCUGAUCGUAGCAUAUGUUUGUCACAAUCGUAUCGAUUUAUCGGGUUACGCUCCAUCCUCUGGCAAAAUACCCCGGACCGCUUUCAUACAAACUCUCCAACUGGCCUUUGAUUUUCCAAUGCAUUGGUGGAAAUCGCCAUAUUUAUCACUUGCAAGAUCACGAGAAAUAUGGCUCCGUGGUGCGAAUUGGACCCAAUAUGCUAUCUUACAACACUGAGACCGCGCUCAAUGUGAUCUACGGCGGGCAAAAGACGAACGUGCGCAAAUCCGAGUGGUAUAGAACCAUUGACGCCGGCUCAGGAGCCUUCAGCGCUGCCACCGAGAUUGACAAGAAGAAGCACGCUGUGAGAAGGCGGUUCAUCUCGCACUCCUUCUCCACAGAAGCACUUCGGAAUUCGGAACCCUUCAUUCAAGAGAACGUUGCGCGAUUCUGUGAGAAACUAGCACCAAACGACGAAAAGAAGUGGAGCGAGAAGAAAGAUAUGGCUCGGUGGUGCACAUGGCUUGGUUUUGACAUCAUGGGUGAUCUAGCAUUUGGAAGGCGGUUCAACUGCUUGGAUUCGGAAGAGAACAGAUACAUCCCCACAGCCAUCAGUUCUGCUAGCAAGUACAUGUACUACUUCCCAUUUCUCCCCGGAGCGUGGCUUCUUGCGCCUAUCAUGAACAGCAAACUCAUGGAAUACGUUGGUGGCCAAUCAGUGACGGACAACAUCCGUCUCGUCAACUACGCUGCCACACAACUCCAGUUCAAAAUCGAACAAGAGAGAGCAGAUAAGGAGAAGGCAAACGCCCCUCGGAAAGACAUGAUGCAAUACCUGUUAAAUGCCGAGGACCCAAAGACAGGACUCAGACCAACCCCAGAAGAACUGCUCGCAGACAGCGUGCUUUACCUCGCAGCUGGCUCCGACACAGUUGCUACUUCGCUUGCCGCAUCUUUUUUCUACCUCGUGCACAACCCAUUGGCCCUCGCUAAAGCUACCGCCGAAGUCCGCGCAGCCUUCAAAUCUGCCGAUGAGAUCAAAGCCGGCAAAAAACUCGACAGUCUUGCCUAUCUUCACGGUGUCAUGGACGAAACAAUGCGCCGCUGUCCCCCAAAGCCCAGCCACGUGCCCCGCGAAGUCAUGCCCGGCGGCAUCACGAUCGACGGCGAGCAAAUCCCUGCUGGCACCGUCGUCGGUGUUCCAGCCUAUGCCAUCCACCACAACCCAGACUGCUACCCGGACCCGUGGUCGUUCAACCCCGAACGAUGGAUUGUGAACGAGGCCGCCGGCGUGAGCGCUGAAAGUGUUGCGUUAACGAAUCACGCAUUCUGCCCUUUUAGUCUUGGAAUCAGGGGUUGCAUUGGCAAGACGCUGGCAUAUGUGGAGUACAAGAUUACCCUUGCGCACGUGCUGCUGAAGUAUGACAUUAGGCAGGCAGAGGGCGAAACGGAGGGGGAGGGCAAUCCAGAUUUGGAGGAGGGCAGGAAGAGGGUGGAUGAGUAUCAGAUUGUUGAUGUGAUGGGCGUCAUACGCAGUGGGCCUAUGGUGGAAUUCAAGCUUGCGCAACGCUGAAGAUGGACAGAGUUGGAGUACGCGCAUGCACUCGCAAUUCGUACUCAUCUCUUACACUGACGACAUACGGAGUAAUGGCAUACCAGCGUGAUCCAAGCAACUGGGUAGAUUUACUAUAGAAGAUGAGGGAAGGAGUAUCAUGCAUCGAAACGUCUCGCGUAUAUACUGCCUACUCUGCAGCGGCUUGCAGGUCACCACCUCUAUUCUUCGGGCAUCAAUGGAAGGAUUCGAGCGAUCAAACGGUCUCGCCCCGAGCACAGAGUAAAGUUUUCAGGCAUCCCACGAUCUGCAUACAGACUAUGCAUCCACAUCACAUCAACACUUUCCCUCGACCCAUGAUCCCGUCCUGAUGCUACAUUCCGCGGCUCACUGAAUUUAUCAUCAUUCUCCAUCACACUCGCGUCACACACACACGGCACGCACGGGCUCAGCGACUUCUGAGCACGGGUCCUCCCGGCACCGUUUGGA